CACUCAAGCACUCCUACUGCACUCACUUAACUGCUGUAUCAUCAAUGUAAUGUGAAGACAACACCGUUUCAGAAAAAUGGAAUUGUACUGACUUUGAUCACCGGAGAAUGAAGAUCCUGGUUAUUGUGAUCCUCCACCUCCUUAAAGGUGGGAUUUGGGGAUUAAAUGUGACCGGAUAUGCAGGCCGAUCCAUCGUUAUCAAAUGUAACUACACUGCACAUGUGAGUAAAGCAAAAUAUUUCUGCAAAGAAGGACGGAACUCAUCCUGUGAUGAACAAAUUAGGAGGAAUGUCACAUCAAAAUGGUGGCAAAGCAAAGGACGAUUCUCUCUGUAUGACAACACUACCAAAGCCUUCUUUAAAGUGUCCAUGAGAAACUUGACUAAGAGUGACAGCGGCCUCUACUGGUGUGGAGCUAGUGGCAGUGGAGUGGGAGACGGACAGAUUAAAGGCACUGAGGUGUAUUUGGACGUUAAAGAGGUUAAAACAGAAUCCAGGAAACCUCCUGUAUAUGAGGGAUAUACAGGAAAAAAUAUCUCUAUUAAGUGCCAUUAUGACCUGAGGAAGUACAGAAAUGACACAAAGUACAUGUGUAAAAAUGAAGCAGUUGCAUGUACGGAUAGAAUACGAAGAGGGAUAAAAGACACAUGGGUCAAUGCUGAUAAUUCCAAAGGUAAAGAUAGGUUCUCUCUCUAUGACAACACAACUGGAGGAUUCUUCAUGGUCAACAUCACCAACCUCACCACAGAGGAUGCUGGGACAUACUGGUGUGGUGUCCACGUCUCUUUUCAGCUGAACUCUCCUCUCUCAGUGGACAACCUCACUGAACUAAUCCUCAACGUGAAUAAUGGUCCCCACAAAGACGAUUCAAAAGUUCCUUCACUUGUCUUUGCAUUUCUGGGCGUGGUGGUGUUGAUAUUCGGAGUCACACUCUUAAUUUGUUGGCAAUGCAGAAGGGACAACAGAAAAGGUCUUGCAACUGAUUCUAACCUUGAAGAUCACAAGGCAACAUAA